GGUUGUGUUUUGUUUUGCUGCGCGACUCGGAAGUGUAGAGUGAAUGGCCGCAAAAUACUUAACAUCGAUUCUUGCACAAUAACAAAUAAAUAGCAACAACAACAACAAACAAAAACAAUUAGAAUAAGAAUAGCAAGAAGAAGAGAACAGCAAAGGCAGACAAAACGGCGUAUCUACAGCAGCAGCGUCGCCUGUUCAGCGGCGGCGGCGUCGGCGUCGGCAUCUUGGGCGGCAGCGGACCCAUGAAACAACAACAGCCGCCGCCACUGCCGCAGACGCAGCCGCCCCCGCUGACGCAGGCAGCAAACGUUGGCGCAGCAGGAGCAACUGAGAGCAAUAUUGUUGUCAAUACCAUCAGCAGCUUCAACAACAACAACAACAAUAACAGCAGCAGCGCUGUUGAGGCGACUUCCAAGUCUCGUCCAGCUCUAUAUCCAAAACCGAAGACACCGUCAUUUGACAAGGAUCGGGAUUACAUUGGAUUUGCCACGUUGCCGGAGCAGGUGCAUCGGAAGUCGGUGAAGCGCGGCUUCGAAUUCACGCUGAUGGUUGUCGGCGAAUCGGGUCUGGGUAAAUCGACGCUGAUCAACAGCCUAUUCCUGGGCGAUCUGUACAAGAAUCGCCAGGUGCCCAACGUGGAGGAGCGCAUCGAGAAGACAACGCGCGUCGAAAAGAAGACAAUGGACAUUGAGGAGCGGGGUGUCCGGCUGCGUCUAACCGUUGUCGAUACGCCCGGCUUCGGGGAUGCCGUCAACUGUGAGGACAGCUGGCGUGUGUGCACCCAAUAUAUUGACGAACAGUUCCGUCAGUAUUUCACCGAUGAGAGCGGACUGAAUCGACGCAAUAUACAGGACAAUCGUGUCCACUGCUGUCUCUACUUUGUGCCGCCCUGGGGUCACAGCCUGCGGCAGAUGGAUUUGGAUUUGAUACGGCGAUUGCAUCGCAAGGUGAACAUUGUGCUGGUCAUUGGCAAGGCGGACUGCCUGAACAAGCAGGAGGUGCGUAAGCUGAAGGAGCGCAUUCUCCAGGAUCUCGAGGACAAUCACAUACAGCUGUAUCAGUUUCCCGAAUGUGACUCGGAUGAGGAUGAUGAUUUCAAGCAGCAGGAUCGCGAACUGAAAGCAUCCAUACCGUUUGCCGUUGUUGGUAGCAACACCAUACUGGAGGUGGCCGGCAAGAAGGUGCGCGGUCGUCAAUAUCCCUGGGGCGUUGUCAAUGUGGAGGAUGCCGAGCACAGUGAUUUCAUCAAGCUGCGCACCUUUUUGAUAUCGACCCACAUGCAGGACCUAAAGGACACCACACAGGAUGUGCACUACGAGAACUUUCGGGCGCAGUGCAUCUCACAGAUAUCGCAGCAUGCGUUGCGUGAACGCGGCAAAUUGAAGCGUGACUCGAUUAGCUCAACGAACGGUUUCGAUGCGGCCAUUUCGGAAACGGAUCGACUGCUGUUGCAGAAGGACGAGGAGAUCCGUCGCAUGCAGGACAUGCUCACCCAAAUGCAGGAGAAGCUCAAGCAGACGCAUCUCAUGGAGAUGAAGAAGAACGACAGCGUCAUCGAUGUCUAAAUGGUGGCCGGCCGGCGACUACUCUCUUUACGCCAGUCGCGUGUUCAAUUUUACACCUUGAUAGACACCAUAGUUAUAACUAUAUAUAUACAUACAUAUAUAUAUAUAUAAUAAUAAUUAUAUAG